GUCCCCCGGAACCGAGCGCCAUGGCCGUGUCUGCCCUCCUGGGGCGCGGGCUGGAGGAGCUUAAAGCUGAAGUGGAAGAGGCCAUCUUGAGGGCGACGGGGAGACGGGUCCUCACCCUCCGAGUGAUGCUGGCCGGGCCACAGCUCAGCUGGCUGUACAAGGAGGCCACCGUGCAGCAGGUGGACGUAUUGCCUGAGGCUGGGGCUGCCCUCGUGAAGGUCACCAUCAGCAACGCCGCCUAUGGGAAGUUCCAGAAGCUCUUCCCAGAGUGAAGACGUCCAUGCUGGGAGGGUUCAGAUUCAGAGGUGACAUCUGAUCACCGCCUCGUGCUCCAGCCUCCACUGAACCUGGCUGACCUAGAAUAUCUUACAGGGACCCAAGAUAUUCCUGGUUCCAAAACCAGGAUGACAGGGAGGGGUGUCACUGACCCAGAGGACAAGAUGGAGGGUCUCAGGUUCCCUCAGUCCAGGCUGGACUUCCCAUGGGACAGUAAGCUGUGUCCCCACCUCUUUUUCCAUUCCUGUCCACAGGAGCCCAGCGUCCUGUGCACCCGGCCUGCGCCAUGGGACCCAGCACUUCUCAGACAAGGGAUGCAGGGCACAGACCCGCAUGGCCUUGUCCCCUCUGUCAUGGACCGAGCAGGUCACUGGGAGGCAACAGGACACACCCUGUGCUGAAUGGGACCCUGUGUCCCGAGGGUCACACGUGCCAGGGACACAGGACAGACAGGGACACAACGUCACUUCCUGUUGUCACCAGGGUCUUUGUCAUGGAAGGUGUCCCUCUAAGAUGGGCAGCUUGGGCAUCCAUCUUCAGAUCGUAAAUGUCUUUGGUUCACGUCGCUUGAAAGUCCCACAGAGGGUUCAGAACAUGACACUUCCAAACUGUCACCUAUUUUGUGAAUUUUUAAACUCUGACUGAGAGCAGUGUGAUGGCGGUGACAUGGAACAAACCUUCCCAUAAAGCCACCAUGCUUGUCUUGGGGUUGUUAUUAUGGCACCAAAAUUCACAGACACUCAGCUUUGAUUUCCUUCAGUUUUUGUCAAGAAUUAACUGACUCAGGCUGUCGUUCCUCACACAGACACAAGGACCGGGUGCGUUGUGGGAAAUAAAUGGCGGCUGUGGUGUCAGAUGUGUCCUUAGGCCCCUGCCUCCAUUUUCCUUGCUCUGGCAGCCCUCUGGCACUUUUGGGUUUCCUGUUCUUAUUACUCUCGGCUCUGAUGGCACAGCACUGACAGGUGUCCUGUGCUUUGUCCUCUGGUCACUUCGUUUAAACAUGGCAGCCAGAUC